AUGGUAAUCCAAGCUGGUAUUUCUCUUGAAAACCCUACAUUCGACAGCCACAUCGAUGGCUUCGGGGUAGGAAACUCAAAACCAGAUAUUUCUUGGCGAUUCAUUUGCUCUGAUUAUAACAUCAAGGGUUGGAGACAGCAUGCAUAUGAGUUGGAACUCCAACGAGGUGAUUCAUUGAAAUGCUAUCGGGUCGAGUCUUCUCAGUCUGUUCGGGUACCUUGGCCAGCUGCACCUUUGCUUUCCCGAGAGACGGCAAAAAUUCGGGUAAGGUCCAUCGGGAGUUCCCAAGGCUGCUCAGAUCAACUGCCAACGGAAUGGUCACCAUGGUCUACAGUUGAGGCUGGACUCCUGGACCAAUGCAAAUGGCAGGCGAAAUUGAUAUUGGGACAGCAAGAGACUUCCCCAGAUCGGCCAAUUCGCCCUCUACUGCUCAGACGGUCAUUCCUGGUCUCGGCAGAGGCCAAAAGGGUUCGCCAGGCUAGGCUCUAUAUCACCGCUCAGGGUGUUUACCAAGCCUAUGUGAACGGAACUCGCGUGGGUGAUCAUUUCAUGGCACCUGGCUUUACAUCUUUCCAGUUUCGUCUCUCUUAUCACGUGUUCGAUGUCACAGAUCUCAUUCUUAGAAAUGAGAAGAAUAUACUCGCUGCUGAAAUUGGCGAAGGAUGGUAUGCCUCUCAGCUUUGGCGAGAAGGUCGACAAAUUUAUGGCAAGGAUAUUGGGCUUAUCGCGCAGCUGGAAAUCAGCUUUGAAAAUGAAGACCAGUCCCUUCUAAUUACCACUGACGGCGACUGGGAAUGGAAUGUGGGCCCCAUGUUGACCAGUGAAAUAUACGACGGGGAAACCUUUGACAUGUCGGAAGAGCAACCGGGCUGGAAAACAGGUUGCGAAGCUCGUCUUGGUACUCGAUGGGCGCGAGUGAGCGUUCUUCCCCUUCCAUCAAUCACAUUGUCCCUGCCUCAAGGUCCACCCGUUCGAGUCACACAAGAAGUUUCUGUCCAAAAGAUAUUCAAGUCUCCGUCAGGAAAAGUGUUGCUAGAUUUCGGCCAAAACUUGGUUGGUGUACUACAUAUCCGAUCACUGAGGAAGCCGGCAGGUCAUCGAGUCACUUUCAAGCAUGCCGAGGUGCUAGAGUAUGGCGAAAUCGGUAUGCGGCCGCUUCGUGCUGCCAAAUGUACUGACACUAUCAUAUGUUCGGGAAAAGAGCUCAAGGGCUGGUCACCAAGUUUUACAUUUCACGGUUUUCGGUUCGUCCAGGUGGAUGGCUGGUCUCCAGAGGAUGACUUGUGUCCCUUACAUCCAGACAACAUCUCGGCGCUAGUCAUCCACAGCGACAUGAUCCGCACAGGUUGGUUCUCGUGCUCCGAUAGUCUAGUCAACCGGCUCCAUGAAAAUUCCGUGUGGAGCAUGCGUGGCAACUUCCUCUCGAUUCCAACAGACUGUCCCCAACGGGACGAGCGUCUCGGAUGGACGGGAGAUAUCCAGGUUUUCAGUCCCACGGCGAACUUUCUCUACAACACAAAUGGGAUUUUGGCCGACUGGUUGAUCGAUUUGAGCUUAGAACAAAACGAAGAUAAUGGAGUUCCGCCCAUGAUUGUGCCCAAUGUUCAAUUCGCAAAGGAAUCCCGGCCUCCACAGGCUGUGUGGGGAGAUGCGUCCGUCUUGGUUCCCUGGGCUCUAUAUCGAUGGUUUGGCGAUAAGAAAGUCCUCCAGCGCCAAUAUCUCAGUAUGAGAGCUUGGCUCGAUCAAGGUUGCUCUCGUGGUAAAGACGGGUUAUGGAACGAGUCACUCUGGCAGCAUGGGGACUGGUUAGAUCCGUCAGCCCCCCCGGAGGAUCCGGGCAACGGCCAAACAGACGGUGUUUUCGUCGCAGAUUGCUACCUCGUUUAUGUUACAGGAAUUAUGAGCCAAAUUUCAUCAAUUCUUCAGCGACCGGAGGAUCAAAGACGGUACAGCGAAGAUCAUGAUCGCCUAAAGCGCGUCUUCCAGGAGAAAUAUAUCACUCCGAAGGGAAUGGUAAUAUGCGACACACAAACGUCUCUUUCCCUGGCCCUAGUAUUCUCUUUACUUGACAAAAAACAUCAAAUCCAAACUGCCGGUGAGCGAUUAGCGCAUAAAGUACGCUAUGCUAAAUUUCGGGUGGCGACUGGUUUCGCAGGCACACCGAUUGUGACUCACGCAUUGAGCCAGACAGGAUGGCAUCAGUUAGCUUUCCGAAUGCUGCUGGAAUCUGAAUGUCCGUCAUGGCUUUAUCCGGUUAGUAUGGGAGCUACCACGACUUGGGAGAGAUGGAACAGCAUGCUCCCAGAUGGAUCAAUCAACCCAGGACAGAUGACGAGCUUCAACCACUACGCACUCGGAUCAGUUUCAAACUGGCUACACGAGAGGGUGGGAGGAAUCAGUAUCAUUGAGCCGGGAUGGCGAGUCUUCAAAGUAAGACCGGUUCCGGGAGGUACGAUACGAAGUGCUGAAAUUCGGCUUGAAAGCCCCUUUGGACGAAUCGAAUGUUCGUGGGCGUUAGACAACAAUUCGCUCUUUUCAAUGAGACUCAUCAUUCCUCCAAAUUCUUCAGCAUGGGUGUUUCUACCAGACCAAGCAGAUGAAGACUUAGAGGGAGGUAAGUUCUUACUUUCCGGUCAGUAUGAAAUGAAUUGUCUGUUUCAUCCUGGUCCCUGGCCCCCUAAAGCGCUGGAGACUCUAUUCAAACCGCCACCCCGCAAGCAAAACAAUUAG